UUUACCAUUGAAGGGUUGAUCUCGCUUUGGUCUCAGGUCAAAAAAACGAAAGAAGAUAAUGAAACAGUUCUUAAGGCAAUGAAACUAGUGAAAAGAUAUGAAGACGACAUUGACAAGUUGAUUCAGGAUCCAGAGCGCAGGCAGCAACUAUUGGAGGGUUUGACGAUAUUGAUGACCAAGAUUCAGAAAACAGAGAGUUCUCAAGCUACUUAUGAGCCAGAUACCAAAAGUUAUAAACAGUGUCAUGAGUUCAAGGAUGAGUCGCCUUCGCUUAGGAGGAACAUGGUGGAUGAUGCUUCCUCCAACAACUGUUUUAGAAUGGCCACUACUGCUGUGUGCUGUGGCGUGUGCAGGAUGAACUACAAUGUGCAGAACCGACGGCCAACCCUCUUGCCUGCGUGUGGACACACAUUUUGCAAAUCUUGCAUCAGUGAGAUUAGCCGCCGUGAGCGUUUUCGUUGCCCUGUUUGUCGUUGUUACCAAGACAUGGACACACAGAAUUUUCCAGACAACAUAAGUAUACUUCAGUUAGUGCAGGAGGAAAAUUUCAACAAGUGCGAAGAAGAGAAUAGUGACUCUGUGACCAGCUCAUUAAUGAUGUCCUAUGAAGAGCAAAUUCUUUAUGCUAUCCGCCUGUCAUAUAAGGAGAUGUUACACCAGAGGGAUAUAGAAUUAGCUAGAUCUCUCUCUCAACAGCAACAACAGCAGCAAGAAGAGGAAGAACGGAGUUUGGAGCUGGCAAGAAAUCUCCAAAGCAGAGAAAUUGAGUUGGCAGAAAGACGUUUGACAGACCAUGAUCUAUCAUGGCACCAGAUUCUUCAGAAAGAAUCUGCACCACUCUUUAAAAGUCACAAUACAAAAUGUGUAGUAUCAGAGGCAGCAGGUGAUGACUUCAUAGCUCAUAGAGAGGACAGUUACUUUGGUGCUCAGAUGCCUGAGGACCAGACACUAAGUAUGGACACUCCAUACUCACAUGAUGAAAGUGAUUGCUAUAAUAAGAAAACAUCUAGUUUCACAGAUGAGGCUUCUCCCAGCAUUAACUCUCAACAGCAGCAGGAAGAAGAAAGACUAAGUCUGGAGUUGGCAAAAGUUCUCCAAGAGAGAGAAAUUGAGUGGGCCAGAUCUUUCAUAGAUAAAGAAAAAUCAUGUUGUUGGCCUCAUCAGGAAGACGACUCUAAACUACUUUUUAACAGCCAAGGUAGAAAAUGUAGCGUGGAAUCAGAGAUAACAGGUGAUAACUGCGCAGCUCCAUAUUCUUGUAAAUAUGAAGACAGACACUUCAGCACACAGAAGUUGGAGGAAGAUACACCGUGCAUGAAGGCUUCAUCCACAGGUGAUGAAAGAUGUUACAUUGGUGAGAAAGUGACCAGUUUCACAGAUGAGACCAUUCAUAGCAUUGAGCCCAAUUUAAUAGUAUCAGGCAAUGAACAAAUGAAGAAUGAAACCAUAGGUUGGAAGUACUCUCAGGAUGAACAGAAAACUCCAUUCAGGUCAAGAACUGGUGGAAGUGAAGAUGCUUGUAUGCAAAAGCAAGAAUUCGAGAGUUGUAAAGAAAAAAGAAAUUCACACCAUUGGAAAAAAUUGAAAGAACAAGAGGAUCUGGAAUUAGCCUUCGCUCUCUCUCUGUCGCUCCAGGAUCAUAACGGAAAAGAAAAUGGCCACACAUCUGAAGAAAGCGAGUCAUGAAGGCACAAUCCACAUAAUUGGAAGAUAUGCGCUUGUUUUAAAAGUAGCUGAAGCAUCUUAUAAAGGAAAUAAGGAGAAGAGGGAAGAAAGAAGCCUGUCCAGAUUCCUUAGUCAGACACCCCUAUAGUAGUUGAGUUGCUAAAAGCUUAUCAUUGCUAACCUUACUUCACACUUCGGUUGUUGAGAGAUUCACCUAGGAUGAAUUACGAAGCACUAUAAGCAAAGGUGUAAAUUAACCAAACCACAGAAUGGGUGGGGUUUGAACCCAAGGCAAGUAAGCCCUAAAACUCCAGGCCAUGAUUUGUUUGCAGUUGUGUUAUGAUUUCGUGAGUCAUGAAGGUGUAAGAAAAUUUUUAAUUUUUUAAAUAAAAUAUGGUACGUACUCUAAUAAGGAUGAUGAAUUCAGUAUCAGAUUUAAAUACGCUAAUGAAUAAUAAACAUUUUAAGUACAAUUUUUUUCCAUACCAAGUUACAAUAUUGAAUUUCACUACAUCUAUGACAACACGUAGCCUAGUGCAACACUGCAAUGAGGAAUUUGCCUCUGGGAAAUUUCCAGUUUAUGAAUUAUUAUAUUUAUGAGAUUGCAUUAGAAGUAGGGAUGUGCUGAAGUAUUUGUAUCAGCCAUUUUUAUGGUAUCGGUUAAAAAAGAACUGAUGCUUUCUAAACUAUUAAUAUUACACGUGUGCCUAAAAAUAGUAUCAACAUUAACACUCUACCUCACGACUAUGAGAGUUACACACACGGGAGCUAUCACUCGACCCUUGCAAUCACAAACAGGUGAGUGCAGUUACACACAAACAUGGGGCCAGGAGCUGUGACUCGACCCCUGCAACCACAUAAAUGAGUAUACACAGACACAUGUACACACACUAUCAACAAGUGCCUUUGAUAACCUGUAACUAACACAACAGGCCAAGUAAUGAGUUAACCCUUAAAUGGUCCAAACGUAUAUAUACGUUUUUCCAACAUUUGAAAGUAUGUAAAAAAAAUGUAGAUCUUCCUUCUUGUUUUACAUUUAAAAAUGUGUAAAAAAAACUUUUAUCUACUUUUUUUUUUUUUGUUAUUUUUGAAAAUAUGUUAUUUAAAUAUGUUAUUUAGCACCCAUUGUGCAAUAAGCAUUCCCUUAUAUUUUAAAAUUAAAAAAAUCUAGGUAAAGUGUAGGUAUCAUCCAGAAACUGGGUAUCAGUAUUGGUAUCAGCUGAAAAUUGGUAUAAGUAUUGGUAUCGGCAAAAAUUUUGGUAUCCUAUUCCUAAUUAGAAGUCUAAUUAGCAAGUAAAAGAUCAUGAUUUGUAUGGUGUUUCUCUUUUUCCCUGGUAGCUUUCAGAUAUUGUUACAUUUUUGUGCAUGGUAUUUAACACUUUCACUGGUGGCUAACACUCUCGCUUCACACGGCGAGGGUCUGGGUUCGAUUCCCAGCCAGAGUAGAAACAUUGGGCGUGUUUCUUUCCACCUGUUGUCUAUGUUCCCCAUCAGUAAAAUGGGUACCUGGGUGUUAGUCGACUGGUGUGGGUCGCAUCCUGGGACACUGACCUAAUUUGCCCGAAAUGCUGAGCAUAACAAGGGGAUUUCUAUGCAGUAGUAUGUCAUUGUUGUCAGCUAGGCCUGUAUACCAUGUACAUGUACUUGUAGUAAAUAAAGAUAUUAUUUAUAUUUAUUUAUUUAUUUACUGUCAGUCAUGUAAAUCUACGUUAUUGAUACCAAGGUCUGUCAUGUAUAUCUACAUUUAUGAAUAACCUGAGUAUACUUGCAUGAAAGUAGGUUUAAGUAUACAUAGUUUGAUAUGACAGUAAAUAAAAUGAAUUGACUUAAAUUCCAAACAAAUACUUAUAUCUAAAUUUUAUAUUGAAAUCAAAUAAAUAUUUGAUCUUU